UGGACACAGGCUCUCGGCACUUCGCGAGCGCCCAGAGCAACCCCCACGUCAUUCCACUCUGAUCUCGGUCUCUGCUGCUUGCGAGCGUCUCGUACCGAUUGACAGUGUGAGCGGAGAGGGGAGAGAGAGGGGGAGAAUGGGAGUGUGUGUCUGAGGGAGAGGGAGACAGACCUGCUCUUCUGAGGGAAAGUCGUUCCUGCUACGGUCAGCGCAGUCUCCCAGGCACCGCUUUUGGGAAAAGUUAGCGGCUCCCUAGAAUAAAGCAAAUGAUAUGCCGCGCUAUUGCUAGAAAAGCAAAAUCUUUUUUUUAAAAAAACCUCGACAUCUGACAACCUGGAAGUGUCUGGAGAGGAACAGAUUUGUGGAUCUAAUUGGGUAGAUCUGCGGGUUUUUUUUACGUCUGGAAUAUGUGUUAAUAUUAGGUGGGAACCGACAAAACAAGGGACACAAGUUUCGCCUCUACGGAUUUAUACCGCUGAUCAGCUCGUCUCUUCCCAAAAGUUGGAGGCUCAGCUGAAGGCGUGCCUGACAUGGCGGAUACAGAGGAAGGCUUCGGGCUUCCCAAUACACCUGGGGACUCUGACUCGAAGGACUUGCAAGAUGACAACAAGCGGGAAAACCAAACAGGAGCUUCGAGCAAAUCUCCAUCACCACAGACAACAUACACUCAACAGGGGAUGGAAGGCAUCAAAGUUUACUUACAUGAACGAGAACUCUGGACAAAGUUUCAUGAAGUUGGAACAGAGAUGAUUAUAACCAAGGCAGGGAGGCGCAUGUUUCCAAGCUACAAAGUGAAGGUAACUGGAUUGAAUCCAAAAACGAAAUAUAUUCUCUUGAUGGAUAUAGUACCAGCAGACGACCACCGCUACAAAUUCGCUGAUAACAAAUGGUCUGUGACUGGGAAAGCAGAACCCGCUAUGCCCGGAAGGCUCUACGUUCACCCCGACUCGCCAGCUACAGGGGCGCAUUGGAUGAGGCAACUCGUGUCCUUCCAGAAGCUGAAGUUAACGAACAACCACCUCGAUCCAUUCGGACAUAUUAUAUUGAACUCCAUGCACAAGUACCAACCGAGACUCCAUAUUGUGAAAGCGGACGAAAAUAACGGAUUCGGCUCCAAAAACACAGCGUUUUGUACUCAUGUCUUCUCUGAAACUGCAUUCAUUGCAGUUACGUCCUACCAAAACCACAAGAUUACGCAGCUAAAGAUUGAGAACAAUCCCUUUGCCAAAGGUUUCCGUGGAAGUGACGAUAUGGAGCUUCACAGGAUGUCCAGGAUGCAAAGUAAGGAGUACCCAGUGGUCCCGCGCAGCACGGUCCGACAGAGGGUGGGCUCCAGCCAGAGCCCCUACGGUGGGGAUGGGAGGGGGGUGCCCACCCCGGGCAGCCUGGGCUCGCAGUACCAGUGUGAGAACGGAGUCACCAGCACGUCUCAGGACCUGAUGGCUCAGUCCAACCCCUACCCACUCUCUCAUGAGCAUAACCAGGUCUACCACUGCGCCAAGAGGAAAGUGGAGGACGAGUGCCAGACUGCCGAGCACCCCUACAAGAAGUCCUACAUCGAGAGCUCACCCAGAGACGAGGAUGCUUAUUACCGAGCGGGCAGCUACUCCCAGCCUCCCGGCCUGGGUGCAGCCCCGUACAGGACAGAGUCAGCCCAGCGCCAGGCCUGCAUGUAUGCCAGCGCCUCGCAAGCAGCAGACCCCGUGCCCAGCCUGGAGGACAUCAGCUGCAACACGUGGGCCACCGUGCCCCCCUACAGCACUUGCCCAGUGACUGCCAUGCAGCCCAUGGAGCGGAUGUCCUAUCAGCACUUCUCUGCCCAUUUCACCUCUGGUCCCCUCAUGCCCAGACUGAGUGGGGUGGCCAACCACGCCUCGCCACAGAUCGCGGACACGCACAGCAUGUACCAGAGCUCUGUGCCCCAUCAGCCCCUCGCCAGACAAUGUGGACCCCAGACGGGCCUCCAGUCUCCCACCGCUGGCCUCCAGGGAAACGAGUACCUCUACCCUCACACCAUGCCCCGCAACCUCUCUCCACACCAGUACCACCCUGUCCAUGGCGUGGGCAUCGUGCCGGAGUGGAGCGAGAGCAGCUAGUCGCAUCACAUCCUGACCUGAGACUGAGGACACGCUGGGGGCAGGAGACCAGGGGUGGGGUGGGGGGGGGGACGCAUUUAUGAAACAAGAACAAACUUUUCCCACGAAUUCCAAGACUUGGCGUGGUAUAAUCACUGCUAUGGGCUCCCUUCCGUACGACAGCCUUAUUCUCAGUCUGUGAAUCUUCCCCUCAGAGAGAGGGAAAAGGAGGUGGCCUCAAAGGUAUGAAGGAGUUUGUCUGUUGUUUAAAACAAAGCUACAACGCUGUUCCCGUGGAAUGAGACUCAUCCUGGAGCAGUAAAGAGAAAGACAUGCAGAGAAAUAAGCAUACACAGGGAUAAGCUCAGUACACUAGAGGCACAGGAUUGCUGGUGUGACACCCCUUCAUUCCGAAGGAAUGCUGCAAAGGGAAAGUCUACUCCUGUUCGUCUUCUAUAAGCCUAUACAAUAUCAGCCUCACAAGAGUUCUGUCCUUUGUUAUUUUCUACUUCUUUAUCGUUGUUUGUGGUGUUUUGUUCACCUAGUUGUGUCAGAUGCUAUUCAGAAAAUAAAGGACCCUUAAUCAGUUAACUCUUUCCAGUGCUUUUAGUCCACUUUAAUACAGGAUCUAUAAGGUCUAGUGCUGAACCACUGGAAAGACAAAAUCCACAGAAAACAUUGGAUAUUUAUUUCAGAGUAAAGACAUAAAAUGUAUAAUACUUAUACACAGCAUGAAUUUGUUUUUACCCAUCAUGCUGAUUUUGUUGUCUCUUUAUAGAAGCUAAAGUAUUAAUCCAAUACUGGGCAGCUACCCCAGUUCUAGUUUGAGAUAUCCAUAUUGAGAAGUCCAGACCAAAGGUUUGUUAAUUUUAAUGUGACUUUCACUUCCGUUCAAAGCUAUGGUGAAGGCCACCAAAUCAGAAGUCAAGAUUUCCACCUCUUUUUUUUCAAACUGUAAAUGUGUACAUUAAGAAGGUUUUCCUAAGAUUUUUAUGGAAAAUGUUUUGGAUUGCUAAUUGUAAAGAUCUUUGCCGUGAAUUACCUCGCCCAUCUGUACACAACAGUGGACACAGGCUAAGGCCACUCACCAUUGAGCAAAUAAGACUAGUCUAGCUUAACUGAAAAUGAUUCAGUGGAUGUCUUCUACAAGAUGUCUAGAUUUAGGGAAAGACAACUUUCUUAUAUUUGACUCUUAAAAAAGGUGAAUAGAAGAAUCUAUUGGAUUAUAUUCUGUUUUGUUUGAGGAGCUGAUUUAUUUGUCCAUCGAUCUUCCCCUCCCUUACCAAUCAUAAUUGCAUGUCCCCUUUUCUCCAAAUCAUAAUUUCAUUUUUCUUUAGGGAUCACACUGGCAGAGUGAAUCAAACUGUACAAAUACGGUAGGGACGCUGGUAUCCUUAUAGAUAGAACUCCAGAGUUCAAUUAUCAGGACUGUGUUUUAAGCAGUCAUAGUAAAAGAAUUGUGUAUACAACUUAAGGCACUAAGGAACUUAGCAAAUGGUCUAGACUUUCAACUAUAAUCCGUAGGUAUUGUUAUCAAAACAAAAGCUUGAAGCUAGCAUUGAAUUUGUAUAUCUAAAAUUGAGCCACCGAAUACAAGAUCAUCUAGUCUGAUAGAGAAACAAUAUUAAUUGCUUAUUGCAUAAGCUAGUCAAGGUAUAAAGGACAAUUAGCCCCACCACCCACACACCAUUCCCUGUUUCUUCACUGAUUUUGAUACAAAUACAAACAAUGUUGGGUUCAAUUCUUUAAGGGUGUGCUGUAAAUAUUGCAAUGUCUUUCAUGGUGUAUCACUUUAUUAAUCAGAAAACUAAAUCGCCACAUUUUUAAAGGUAUGUAGCCAUAUUCUAGCAGUAAAAAGCUUCAAGGAAAUGAACAGCUUUCACAGCAGAUCUAUGAUUAAGGAACUACUCAGAUUUUAAUUUGCAAUUAAUGUAGCCAUAUCUUACUGGUACAGUUUGCAUGACUCAUGAGAACAGUUGAGUCAAUUUAUUUAAUGCUAACAUUAUUUCAUUCACCCUGGAGUUGGAGUUAAUGCAGAACUUUGUUGAAAAAGUCUUGAGUAUGUGCGCUUUAGCACAUGUGUAAACAUUAAUCUUUAUUUGGGCAACCACAAGUUCCUUACUCAUAUGAUAACUAGCUCGGCACAGAUAAGAAUUGGCGGUCUAUAUCUUAAAUUAGUUAAUUCAUCAGAAUGUCUUAACCACCACCUGUUAUGAUGAACAUAUUCAAUAAACUUAGGAAAGGUAUCACUGGCAAAUAAGUGUAGUUUAACAAAAUAUAGUCUGCUUGAUAAAUUAGUAGUGUUAGUGGUAGAGGGAGCCAAUUGCAUCUGCAACUGUAUACCAUUAUAAUUUAGUGAAUAUCAUCUUUCAUGUACUGUUAUUUCUUUUAGAAAUAUUUAUUUCUUUUUGAAAUAACAUUUUAUUUCAACCUUUGCUGAUUGCCAAAAAUUUCUGAAGCUUGAUAAAAAAUAAUAUGGAGAAGCGUGUGAUAAGGAGCUGGACUAAAAGACUAAUGCCAUAGGCCUGUUGAUGAAUUAUCGACAGGGAAAAAAGGGUUAAUAUGUAUUUUAAGCCUCCGGUAAAGAUCGAGGAGGACAGAAAAACAACUGAUUAUCUAGGAGUUCUUGGAAGUCUAAUGCAAAACAAUGACUGAGCAUAACAUUGGAAAAGGCAUAAUGAGAAAUAUGAUGAAUGAUGGAUAAUGUUCUGAUUCAAACUGCGGUUUUUCCUUUUGCAUUUUGUGGAUUUUUUUUCCUAUGCUUCCACGGCUGCUGGUCUCUUUCCAUGUUUCCUUCAGCUCAUCUCUGUCUAAACAAAAGCAAAGCUUGUGCAUGAAAUUCUAAUGCAGAGAUUGUAGUGGACACAUACCACCCUCCAUUCAAAUUUCAAAUGUGGGCAAUUACUGAAUAAAAUGGUGGUUUCUUCACAAUGAUAAAAUUGGCUUAAAGCAUGCAAUUAAAUGGAGCAAGAAGUAACACAAGGACAAUUUCACAUGGUUCGCCUCAGUCUGAGACAAUAUUGCUUAGGUGUUCAGAAACUGAACAUCAAAACUGAGGAAGAUACGCUAUGGUACACAAAAUCCUGUUAAAUUGCAGGAAGUAAAAUGAUAAUAAGUUUUCCUUUAAUUCAGCUCACUUUCAACCCACUUUUACGAUAUACAAUCUGAUUACCUAAAAUAACAUCGUCUUAUGGCCACAAAGCAUUUCUGCUAAUAACAGAUAUUCAGAUCUGUUCCACUGUAAAACCUCCUUUGUGUCCUUAAAUGUAAGCACUUCAUUAAUUCUAAUUAAACUUGUAAUGAUUUGUUAAAUUGCUGACCUGUUCUUCAGAUGUAAGGCAGUAUUAAGGUUAAUUCUGCACAUUAGGUUAUCUAACUGAAACUCUCUAAAAUAGAGGUGUCACACUCAACAUAUUAUCUUAGCCACUUUUACAGAUAUGGCCUUAUUUAAUCAGGGAAUUGGCGGCUGUGUAUUAGUCAGGAUUGACUUUCAGGAGUCUAGAUUUUGGCGAGUAGCUGACAUAUUACAAAUGCUUCAGAGAACGGACUUUUGGAGGCAUCGAUUCCUUCUCCGUGACGGACGAAGGACUGUCUGGCCAGAUGUCAAUUUCUAAUAAUUUGGCAACAAUAUAACACUGGGUUAAUGAGGGUUUAUACAUGAAAAAUGUAGCUUGUUGAUUUUGUGUGCAUCACACCUUUUUUGUUGCAUUGUAUUUAAACAUCAAUGCUUUCUGUUUAGCACAGCUACAAUGUGCUUUUUCACACAUUAAUGUAAAAAAUAAUUCUACCUCUAUAACUUUACUAGAACAUUGAUUAACAAACAGCUUGAACAAUGUCAUUUCCAUGACUUUAUUAUUUGACUGAAAAAUAAUUAUUUUUGAUUGCAUAUAAGAGGAAUUGCAUACUGUACAGAAUUGUCCACUAGGACAUUGUUUCAAAUUCUGUUUUUUGUUUCUUGUUGCAUUCUCUGUGCUCUUUCAGACAGAAAUCAUCACACCUGAAACCUCCUUUAUACUACUAUCUUCUUGCAAAAAAAAAACUAUUGGCUGCAUAGAGAGGACAAAUGAGCAACUAGUUCCUUUGCUAAGAAUCAAACCCAAUAAUUAAGGACAACAGGAAAAAAUACAAACUGGAUUUAUUUUACUAAAACUGUUUAAUCUAUGACCAUUUUAUGCAGUAGAAGAAGCCACAAAUGCUACUUAAAAAAUAUGAUCACAGCUCCAAUAGAUCCAAACUCUGCUGCGGUAGUAUGAGUUUUGGACGACCAUUAACAUGUCCCUAUAUGCCAAAAGCUCUGUCACUACAGACUGAAGCUCAUUGUUUGUGAAUUUCUUCAUCAUCUAAAAAUGUUUCUAAUACAUAUGAUCAUGUUAAGGGCAAUGUUAAAGAAAGUUCUUUACCCUUCACAAUAACAGCAAGAUUCAUUCAUACAAUCCAGGCUGUCUUAGUGUAUGGUUUGAUAUACAGAAAAAAUAAUUUCAGAUGAUUAACCGGAAUCUGGGAAUCUUCGUCUUAGUUUAGAAUCCAUAGUUUGCUAAACCUCAUUUUCAGUGUCAUGGUCUUGAGAACUGGACAAAAGAUAUUAAAAAAAGAGGUGGUACUUCUACACUUAAAACAUAUUUUACUGUCAGAGCAUCAUGCACAGAAUUAAUUGGUCACCUAUAACUUUAUGUUGAUACAUUUUAAUGCCCUAUUGUAAAAAAUAGAUGUAUCUGAAAGUAUAAAAAGCAAAAACAAAUAUGAAAAAUACUAAAUUAUGUAUCAAGCAAUAAGAAUUGAUUAUGGAAAAAAAGAAAAAAGAAGCUUGUAUUAACUAGUAUGGUUCUUGUUCAUAGUAUUUAUUGCUUUAGUAUUCUAAAUCAGUUUGUUUCUAGCUUAUCAAAACAAUAUAUUGUUAGUUACUUGUUUGCUUUGUUUUCAGUUUUCUAAUGAAAAAAUAUUCAACAAUGCUGUUAUAGAAAUUGGGUAAUUAAAAUACAAUUGUAAAAAAGAGAUGGAUUACUUUGUUGUUCUUGUUGUAAAUAAACACAAAUGUAUA